AUGGGGUGUAUUAAAAGCAAAGAAGGUAAAGGCCCAGCCAUGAAAUACAGAACUGAAAAUGCUCCAGAACCUGUUAUUUCCCAUGUCAGUCAUUAUGGAUCAGAUUCCAGCCAAGCAACACAGUCACCAUCAAUAAAGGGAUCAGCAGUUAAUUUUAACAGUCAUUCCAUGACUCCUUUUGGAGGGCCUUCAGGAAUGACGCCCUUUGGAGGAGCAACAUCUUCAUUUUCAGCUGUGCCAAGUACAUAUCCUAGUACUUUAACAGGUGGUGUUACUGUAUUUGUGGCCUUAUAUGAUUAUGAAGCUAGAACUACAGAUGACCUUUCAUUUAAGAAAGGUGAACGGUUCCAGAUAAUAAAUAACACGGAAGGAGACUGGUGGGAAGCAAGAUCCAUUGCUACGGGAAAGACAGGCUACAUCCCAAGCAAUUAUGUAGCUCCUGCAGACUCCAUUCAAGCAGAAGAGUGGUAUUUUGGUAAGAUGGGCAGGAAGGAUGCAGAAAGGCUACUUUUAAAUCCUGGGAACCAGCGUGGUAUUUUCUUAGUAAGAGAGAGUGAAACCACUAAAGGUGCUUAUUCACUUUCUAUACGUGACUGGGAUGAGGUCAGAGGUGAUAAUGUAAAACACUACAAAAUCAGGAAACUUGACAAUGGUGGAUACUAUAUCACAACCAGAGCACAAUUUGAAUCUCUACAGAAGUUGGUGAAACACUACAGAGAACAUGCCGAUGGGCUGUGUCAUAAGCUAACAACUGUGUGUCCCACUGUGAAACCACAAACACAGGGGCUAGCAAAAGAUGCGUGGGAAAUUCCUAGAGAAUCUUUGAGACUGGAAGUUAAGUUGGGCCAAGGAUGUUUUGGUGAAGUAUGGAUGGGAACAUGGAAUGGAACGACAAAAGUAGCAAUCAAGACACUAAAACCUGGUACAAUGAUGCCAGAAGCUUUCCUACAGGAGGCUCAGAUCAUGAAGAAACUACGACACGACAAGCUUGUUCCGCUGUACGCAGUCGUUUCUGAGGAGCCAAUCUACAUUGUCACUGAAUUCAUGACAAAAGGCAGCUUGCUAGACUUCCUUAAGGAAGGGGAAGGAAAAUACUUAAAACUCCCACAGCUGGUCGACAUGGCUGCUCAGAUUGCUGAUGGCAUGGCUUACAUUGAAAGAAUGAACUACAUCCACAGGGACCUCCGGGCUGCUAACAUUCUUGUAGGAGACAAUCUUGUGUGUAAAAUAGCAGAUUUUGGUUUAGCAAGGUUAAUAGAGGACAAUGAGUACACUGCAAGACAAGGAGCUAAAUUUCCAAUUAAAUGGACAGCUCCAGAAGCAGCCUUGUAUGGUCGGUUUACAAUCAAGUCGGAUGUGUGGUCAUUUGGAAUUUUACUGACAGAGCUGGUAACUAAGGGGAGAGUGCCAUAUCCAGGAAUGGUGAAUCGAGAAGUUCUGGAGCAAGUGGAACGUGGGUAUAGGAUGCCUUGUCCACAAGGCUGCCCAGAGUCUCUCCACGAGUUAAUGAAACUGUGUUGGAAGAAGGACCCUGAUGAGAGGCCAACAUUUGAGUAUAUACAGUCUUUCUUGGAGGACUACUUUACUGCUACAGAACCACAGUACCAGCCUGGAGACAAUUUAUAA